AACGCUCUGUUCUUGCUCCUUAGGUACCCAGAUAAGCUGCUUCUCCCCCAGCUCUUUCUCAUGGCGUCAGGCUUCCUUUGUGGAUUCUUACUGCUGGGCGGCCGUCCAGCAGAAGGACUCCUUGCAAGGCGAUUCUGGAAACCUUCCGUUGUGUCUGCAUAAGUUUUUCCCCUACAUCCUGCUGCUGGUGGCCAUCCUGCUGUACCUGCCCUCCCUGUUUUGGCGUUUCGCAGCUGCUCCUCAUGUUUGCUCGGAUUUGAAGUUUAUCAUGGAAGAACUCGACAAAGUUUACAACCGCGCAAUUAAAGCCGCGAAGAGCAUGCAUGACCUUGACUUGAGAGACAGUGUCUGUCCAGCACCAAAAGUUAAUGAGAACACGGGGCAAAGUUUACAGGAAAGCCACUUCAGGUACCCAAUUGUGGAACAGUACUUAAGGACAAAGAAAGCCUCCAGACAUUUAAUCGUCAAGUACAUGAGCUGCCGGGUGCUGUCACUCAGCACGAUACUGUUAGCCAGCAUCUACCUGGGCUAUUACCUGAGCCUCUCCUCUCUCUCGGAUGAGUUCGUUUGCAGCAUCAAAUCCGGCAUCCUGAAAAAUGACAGCACUGUCCCCGAUAAGUUCCAGUGCAAGCUCAUUGCUGUUGGUAUCUUCCGGCUGCUCAGUUUCAUCAACCUCGUGGUGUAUGUCAUGCUGGUUCCGGUGGUGGUCUACUCCCUGUUUGUUCCCUUCCAGCAGAAGACAGAUGUUCUCAAAGUGUAUGAAAUCCUGCCCACGUUCGAUGUUCUGCAUUUGAAGUUGGAAGGGUACAAUGACUUGAGCCUCUAUGUUCUUUUCUUGGAGGAGAAUAUCAGUGAACUCAAGUCAUACAAAUGUCUUAAGGUCCUGGAGAAUAUUAAAAGCAGUUGUCAGGACAUUGACCCCAUGCUGCUCCUGACCAACCUCGGCAUGAUCAAGAUGGACAUGGUUGAUGGCAAAAGUCCCGAGCCUGUGGAGAUGACGGCGGAGGAGCUGGGGGACCAGACGACAGAGCUGCAAGAUUUGAAUGUACACAGUGAAACAAAAAUAAAUAAUAGAGAGAAGAAUGCCCGACAGAGACUUCUGGACACUUCUUGCUGAUGAUUUUUGUCCUGUGAACUUCAGAUCAGUGACUGACCUGGGAUUCGUUUUGGCUACAGCACCUCUGGCAGGCACCCAGCUGAUUGGCAGUAAAUGGUUCUCAGCAGAGGUACUGAGCGUGUCUUACUGAGUCUCUGGUGGAAAUGAUGGUCAACAAAUAUUGUGGGGGGUGGUUCAUGAACUUCCUACGAGACAACAUGGAAACAAGUAAGCCUCGGCAAGUGUCGACGCGAAAAGUGGUAAGGCUAAUUCCAGGAAGAGGAGUAGCGCUUUAGUGCCACAAACAAAAUGCCUUUCUGUGCAGAUGGUGCAAAGAGCCUCUGAACUACAGAGAGCAAGAACUUGGGGAGCUUUUUAUUUUGUUUUAUGGGAUGAUAAUGUCAGGGUAUAAUUUAAUAUGAAUCUCGUCUAUGUCCCAAUGACUGUUGGAGGACAAAACAUUCCCUGACUGACUCUGGACCCAUGGGGGUCUCUGCCUGGUGGUGUCCUACCCUGGGAGAACCGCUGGCGCUCCUGUUCUCAUAACCAGGCUCUGGGCCCUGCCACCUGUCACCCGUGGCCAACUGAGACCCUCUAACCACCAUGUGAUGCCCUACGCUGCAAAGGGCAGUGGACCCAAGUGCUGCUCUGGCUGAGAACUUUGUUAAUAAGGUAGAGUUGAAAGGAUGUGUAAUUCUUGACUUCAUACAGGAAGGAAUGCUUCUAAAUGAACCCAGUGGGGAAAGCAAGCAUACAGAACAAGUUAAAGUGGCUACUUUAGAAGAGGUUGUCUGCAGGGCAUUCCUCUGUUAUCAAAAGCAUUUGAGACAGGAUGUUACUGAGGCAAAUUCACAGAACACAGAAGGCUUAAUAGAACACAGAAGGUAUAAUUUUAAUUCAAUAAAGAAAACAUAUCAAAGAACACAGAAGGCUUAAAGUAAGGGACAUUUUUUGCCUAUUAGGAUCAGAAUGUAUAAAUGACAUUUGCCAUGUGCACAUUAACAUGUGCUCAGAGCCAGAACAAUUUUGCAGUUUAUUUAUAUUUAAAAACAUCUUUGAAAAAUUCAUUUAACUUUAGAAUUGUAUGAUAUCAGAAUUGAGGCCAUUUGGGAAGAACAUUCUAGCAUUAAUGAGGAAUUAUAGAAUAAAUGUUACAAAUAUGUAUGUCGUGUAUCAGCCAAGCAUUAUUUCGUAAACAUUCAAGGCUGACUGGGAAUAUCAGAAACCUUUUCCCAAUUCCAGUCAUGUAAAUAGAUCCCAAUUAUGUUUACAUUUUAUACAAAAUUCUUAAAAAGGACAUCUGUGGACCUUCCAGUUUUUAUUCUUGGAAAGUUAAAAUUAGUACAUUGCUACUGAAUAAUCCUCAGGAGCCUCAAAGUUUAUGUGUGGCUCUUAGGGGCAGUUGUUUACCUGAUCUAAUUACAUAAGCUGCUCUCUGCCUUUCAGAAUAUUCGCAGAAGUGGAUUUUAUUUGUGUUUCUGUGAUGGUUUCUGAGAUGGAAAGCUAAUAAUAAAUAUCCAGAAUUCAAUCAGUGUUUUAAAUUAUUCUUACUGCAUAAUAUUUAUUACCCUUGAAAUAUAGUGUGACUUAGAAAUGUCAGUAAUCUAAAUCAUCGAUUUUGCUACUUUUUUAUAUCACUGUAUCAGAUGUUGUAUUGUAGUUCUCUCCACCUGUUUCUUUGUGUAAUUUGAAAAUUUUCUGAAAUAUAGUUUUCUAUGACUUGAUUUUUUUCCCCCAAAGUCUCAGAUUCUUUAUAGACUGCCCCUAAUUUAUAGUUUGAAGUGGAUAUGUUAUUUUAGGAAAUCAGAAACUUUCUCAGCCCUGUCACAUGUAAUUCUUUAAUUAGAGCCCUAACAUCUGUGCACCCCCCAUCCCUACUCUCUUGAGUUCCGGUAGCAUCUGUGAUGUCCCAGAGGUUAGCUAGUUACUGGCUGCGUGGAUGUGAAUAAGGCCGGUGCCCACCUUCGAGGAAUUCAGAGACUAGUAAAAAGGCAGUGAAGACAGAGGCAGGUACCAAGAGGAAGAGUAAUAACCACAAUGAAGGUCCUUCCAGAGAACUCCCAGCAAAUGCUGUGUUCUUGGGGAACACAAAACUAUUUUUCUCUUUCCCAUCAUUUCUAGCUGAUAGUUUUGAGAGUCUAGUUAUUACUUUUCCCGGAAGUUCUUUAGCCACGUAUCCCCCAAGCUGAAGCUUAAAUAAAA